AUGAGUGAUUUGACUAAGUUGCGAGAAGAAAUAAGAAAGCAGAUGAUUGAAUUCAAAUCGUCAAUUGAAAGAGAGCUAAGAAAGGAAAUAAGAGACCUGAAAAACAGUGUGAGCUUUCUGAACGACGAAGUUGAGAAAAUAAAGAAAGAGAAUGCGGAUCUUGUGGGGGAUAACAAGUCACUCAGAAGCGCUAAUGAGCAGUUGAGAACCGAGUGCGAAGCUUUCAAGAAACAAAUUUCUCAACAAAAGCAGAGGAUAACUGCAUCUGAGCAAUACUCCCGCAAAUGCAACCUUGAGAUUAAGGGAAUACCCAAACUUGCUGAGCAAGAUCUUGGAAAUACCCUUCACAGGAUCGGCGGACUGCUGAAUGUGCCUGUAACCAAUGAUGAUGUUGAAAAAUGUCACCGUGUACCAGCAAAGAAUGCCAGUUCAUCACCGAACAUUAUAGUCCAAUUCCGCAGCCGUUCAAAACGUGAUUUGGCGCUACAGAAAGCAAAGAAGACGCACAUCUCGACACAGGACCUCGGUCACGCCUCUAACACACCUGUGUUCAUCAAUGAACACUUAUGCCCAGCCCUAAAGCAGCUUCUUGGAGCGGCAAUAGCUAAAAAGAAAGCAGCAAACUGGAGGUUCGUGUGGACGAAUGAUGGGCGUAUUCUCGCGCGAAAGGAUGAAGGCUCACAUGUACUGCACAUACGCGACGCAAGCGACAUUGAAAAGAUUGCCUAA